UUCACAACCCAAAUUCAAUCUCCUAAUCAAAUUAUAUUAUUUGUUCUUCAUAAACACAAUCAUGGCCAGAGGAAAGAAGACAAAGGCUUCCAAGAAGAAGGGCAACGCCGAAGCUACGACCUCAGCGCCCCCGCUGUUCCCCUACCUAGAUGAAUCUUUCUUGGAGUUCGGGUCGGAGGAGGAACUCACCCGGUUUCUCACAUACUUCGCCAAGCGUUCGAUCUCUCCGCCCCGCGUGCUCCCUGAGCUGUUUCCUCAACAAAAGGGGUACCACGACCUUAACAAUCAACUCAAGGAGUCGGGUUUGUGGCCCUUCGUCUCCAAGAGUCGCAACGCCUUCAAUCCCGCCUAUGUCCGGGCUUUCUACUCCAAUCUCCACCGGGACGGGGACGUCAUUCGCAGUAGCAUCAAUCUCUACGACAUAGAGAUUGACUUGGCUACCUUCGCUCGGGUUGCAGAGCUGCCUACCCGCGGUGCCGACAUAGCGUCCGGCGCGCCGACGAUUCACUCGGCCCCACCAGACAAGCGCCUCCUCCUCUACAUCAUCACCCGGAUUCUACGCCCCCAGGAUAGCAGCCAUACCUCGCUUUUCAACGAGGACUUGAAGGCGAUCCACGCCAUCAUCCACGGCGCCUCCAUCAACUGGGCUAAAUUUGUCAUGAUUCACAUGACGGAUUGCGCCUCCAUCACCACCGAGCGAAGCUUGCCAUACGCCUUCCUCGUCAUGGACCUCAUCGUCUCCGCCGACAUCCACAUCGCCGGGCCUGACACGAAGAUGACAAAGCUGUGGAUCAUCCAAGACAGCACCUUCCGGAAGAAGUCCGGUGACAGAACCGGCGCAGGACCAAGUCGGGCUCCAGCCCCCGCUCCUGCCAAGGCGUCCUUACCGUCCAUAGCCGAUACCUUGAAUCGGCUAACCAUCACCGUGGAUGGCAUGGGCCAAUACCUGGAGCGGAUGGACUGGACGCUGCAACGCCAACGCCACGACAUGAUGGCGUACUUCCGCGGCAUCAACUACGUCACGCCGCCCUUUGACAGCACCUUCCUCCGCCAAAACUAUGAAGGCGAGGACGAGGAAGAUGACUCCUAUGCUCCGUCCUCCUCCCCCGACGAGGCCGACUUUGACGACGCGGUCGACGGGGAUGCCAUGGACAUCGAGGACGACGAAGAAGACGAUGACGAGGACGCCGCAGCCUAGACUCUUCUUUCUUUUCCUUCCUUACUAUGAUUGUCUUUUUUAUUUCCAUUCCGUUGUAUUCCACAUUUCCUUUUUUUAAAGAAAUAAAAGUUCACUUUUAAAAUCUAAAGUUUACUUUUAAUUCUUUUUGUUAAUGUCAAAAGGGGGAAGAUAUCAAGGUUAUGCAUAAAUUGAGGGGGAAUUG